GCACCAAGCCCCUCUUCCAUUGACUCAACCUCAAUACGGCAAUUGUAUAUGCAUCUUGUGUAAAGCGCAGCAUAACUCGACAUGGCUUCUUCGACUGUAGUUGAGGUGGACAUUCGCGGCUCGCUGCCGAAAGUCGCCUCUGGCAAAGUCCGCGAUCUCUUCGCUGUAGACGAGCAGACGCUCCUCUUCAUUGCGAGCGACAGAAUCUCAGCAUACGAUGUCGUUAUGGAAAAUGGCAUCCCGGGCAAAGGCGCGCUACUCACACAGAUGAGUGUCUAUUGGUUUCAAUAUCUCAAGGACCACAUUCCAACGCUCCAGACACAUUUCCUUUCACGUUCCCUGCCCAAGGCUCUUGAGUCGCUCGAUCGACCACUCUACGAGGCCCUUGAGUCCCGGAGCAUGCAGGUCAAGCGUCUGGAAAUUGUUCCCAUUGAGUCAAUUGUCCGCGGCUACAUCACCGGCUCUGCAUGGUCUGAGUACAAGAAGUCUGGCACCGUUCACGGCAUCGCCCUCCCAAGCGGCCUGGUUGAGGGACAGAAGCUGCCUACCCCUUUGUGGACCCCGAGCACAAAGGCAGAAGCUGGCGAGAAAGACGAGAACAUCAGUCCGCAGCGAGCCAAGGUCAUCAUUGGCGACGAGAAGGUUGCCGCAGACGUCGAAAGGCUAAGUCUCGAAAUCUACCUGGUUGCGGCUGCACGUGCUGAAGAGGCUGGAAUCAUCCUUGCGGACACGAAGUUCGAGUUUGGUUUGGAUCGGGCCAACGGGAAUGCGGUUGUGCUGGUAGACGAGGUCCUGACCCCGGACAGCAGCAGGUUCUGGCCGAAGGAUACAUGGGAAGCGCACCUUGGCAAGGCGCAGCCUAGUUUCGAUAAACAGUUCCUGCGCGAUUGGCUGACUUCAAAUGGGCUUAAGGGCAAGGAAGGAGUUACCGUGCCGACCGACAUCGUGGAGCAGACGGCACAAAAGUACAAGGAGGCAUGCGAAUUGUUGACGGGUAAGAAGGCGUAAGCGCCGUGAAAGUUGUCCAUGUCAUUGAUGCUCAGAUGUCUGCAAUUCAAAGACUGGUCUGCAAGGCUCGAGAACGGAAGCCCAAGACUAGAGUCAAGUUGUGCUUUCGUCAGCCGUCCAUAUGUACAAUGUAGUUUUCCAGUGAUUCUCACGUGCACCAAAGUUCCCGAUGACCAGGGAUGCGGG